UCUUGAGUUGUCUUCUGUUCGACCUUUCCCUCUCUCUGUAGAAAACGUGCUUCAAUGACAUUCCAGUUACUGAUGUAAGGAGUCUAGCGUUAGUCCUGAGGAAGAUAUAGAAAUGUCUUUAUACUCUUUAUUUCGAGCUGUCAGGACAGAAGUAGUCAAGGGAUGUCUCACUCAGCACGUUCAGUCUCUCUACACCAGCUGCCCGAGUUUAGCAGCAGAUAAAGCACUUCUCCUCAAAUUACGUAAAUCUACGGGCUACACCUUUAUCAACUGCAAAAAGGCCCUGGAGAAAUCCAACAAUGACAUUACAGAGGCAGAAACCUGGCUGCACGAACAAGCCAAAAAAGAGGGCUGGAGUAAAGCGAAUAAACUGGAAGGUCGAAAAGCCAAGGAAGGGCUGAUUGGUCUCCUUAUGGGCGACAAUGCAGCGGUCAUGGUUGAGGUGAACUGUGAGACAGAUUUUGUGGCGAGGAAUGAGAAAUUCCAGCAGUUGGUGAAGGAUGUUGCUUUGUCUGUAAUGGCUCAUAACAGCAGCAAAAAACAAAAAACAGGGUAUAUGAAGAGUGUGCUGUCUUCUGAGGAUAUUAAUAAGCUCGAUGUUCCUGAGGCCUCACUGGCAGAUCAGGUGGCCUUGACUGUAGGGCGGUUAGGUGAGAACAUUGGCGUGCGGCGGGCCGUCUCACUUGCUGUGCCCUCUGAUUGGUACAUCGGCUCAUACAUUCAUGGGGCAGUUACCGAGCAGGUUGGCUUUGAGAUGGGGCGCUAUGGAUCGCUAGUUGUGUUUCAAGGUGGACCAAAGGAUGGGACAGACACUCUGGGAAGGAAGUUGGGGCAACAUAUAGUGGGUGAAGCACCCGUUUCUCUUGGCAACAUGGACGAUACACCAUGUGGUGAAGCUGAGACAAGACUUUUGCCCCAGACCUUCCUCCUAGAUCCUAAAUAUACUGUGGGACAGUUCCUGACUCUACAGAACGCACGUGUGCUAGACUUCAUACGCUUCCAGUGUGGAGAGAGCACCAGUCAGGAGGAGUGAACAGUUCUGUUUCGAAUGAGAAAAAAUGUCUCCUUAAAGCAGUGGUUCUCAGAC